UUCUCCUGUAUGGAAUGUCCUGAACUCUCUGUGUUACUUCAAAGACCCCUUAGGCUCAUCAAUCUUUUCUUUGAGCUGGUAUUGAUGCCGUCGACCAGUCACGCCAUGGAUUCGAACGUACUAGACCUGCCGCCGGCCGUGACAACACCCUCACCGACGUUCCAAUUCGACUUCGACUGACUUGGUCCACACAGGGGCGUACUGCAGAGCCAACGAUCCGAUCCGGACCGCGAGCAACAUCAUGUAUUCUCCGGUAAGUUUCGGCGUGGUCGCUAACCCUCGCUGACACGCAAGAUGCAUCAGUGAGAGCCUCGGAAUGGUAGGUCGUGCAGGCAUGCUUUGCGGUAGUGUGAUGUUCGCCCUCGCGGCACCUCCGUCUGUCGAUUCCACGGGAGACCCUUUCCAUCUAUCCAUCGAUGUCCCUUGUCGUAUCUUCCCAUUCACGGCUGAAAUUUCUUCGAUUACUCCUCCCGAUAUCGUCCCCCCCGUCUCCGGCAUUAAUCAAUUACUAUACACGCCACACGUCGGCAUCUUCCCCCCAUUCAAGCGCACAUGACAAACCACUAGCGAACUCAACUCGCCUUUCCGAGCAUUUGUUGUUCGCCGGUACCUAAACCGUCAAAAGGUAUGUAAUUCUCUACCUUCCCCAGCCGACCAUCCAACCCGAACAAACCAGGCAUAAACCAGGCAUUACCAGGCCGUCUUAACCGAUCGGCAAGUCGUUCAUCGAUUGCUUCAUCCGCUUCCGUCUGGGACCGACGUUCCCGCUCAGCCUCGCUCGUUCGGUUUCGAUUCGGCUUCAAGCCCAUCUCUUCGAUUUCGUCUCUGCUCCCGGUUCAGA